AUGACUGUAGCAAAAUCUGCAGGAAAUCAUGCUGUUAUCAGUAGGGUACUUCCUCAACCCAUCUGCGAUUUCUGCAUCCCUGUCAGCAAGGCCAAACUCUCUAUGGGCCAGUGGGAUGCAUGUGCACCUCACAGGGUUCAUUAUGGUGCUCUGGAACUGAUAAGCUAUGGUGCAGGGGAUGCUGGCCAGCUUGAAUUUCUGUGGGUUCCUGCUAUGAAGGACCAGCGGAUUCUCAGCUAUGUGCCUCUCCCUACCAGUUAUCAGUCGUCCUUGGUGUAUCUUUGCUACUGUGUAGAAUACUGGCUUGCAAUGUGGAAAUGUUGGGAUGGGGAGUCAAAGAAGAAUCAAAAGCAGAAGAAUACAAAGAUGCAACAAGACUAUGGUUUCCAGAAGAAUUGUGUUGGAGGAGUGCAUGGCAAAUGGUACUGGCUAUUUGUGGAGUUCAAUGAGCUGCCUGACAAUGCAGACAAGUAUUUAGAGGCCAAUCCCCUGCACAUGGGGAACAAGAAGAUGUUUGAAAUGGGCUGUGGCAUAAAUGUAGAUGACAUCUCAAUGAUGCUCGGUGGGACAGACAAUGCAUGGAUGUCCAAGGGACUUGACCUCUCAGAAAUGUUCAAGAAAGAGAUGGAUGUGGCCCUCAAGCAGCUCAAGAAGGGGGGGAAGGGAUUGACAUCGCAUAUGAUGCAAAUGCAGAAUUGCCAGACAAGUGGCACAAGGCCCAUGAGCCUCCAAUUCAUUUUAUCAGCAAAAGGGAGGACCAGCUCCUUUGUGCGGGAAAGAAGUGUAUAG